AUGCAGAAUUUUUCUAACAGUCCGGCUCCCACCUCUCUCCCCCAUGGGUUCAGUGGGAGAGGUGGAGGGGGGCCACCGUAUCCCCCUCAGCCAGCAGAUCCCCAGAUCUCCCCAAGGAUGACGGAUGAUUACGCAGGGAUGCAACAACAGAGCCUGCACAGAGGCCAUCACCACCCCACUCAAGCCAGCCACAUGCUUGCUUACAGCGCUAGAAACAGAGGAGCUGUGGAGCCACCACCAACACAGGGUAACAUUCACAGUGGCAACAGUAACAACCCUUACAGGAAGGACGCCAUGGAUUAUUAUUUUUCAAUGGGUGGGAAGGACAGGCACAGAAGGGGAGGUAUAGGUUACGGGGCAGGCUUUGGGUACCCUAAUAUUGAUGGACAUUUACCUCACCAGUACAGGCAUGCUGGAUCUGGCUCUGCUCCAUCAUCUGGCCUCAUGUCACCAUAUCCAGUAGACUAUGGCUCCAGUGCUGGUUCAGGUGGAGGUGCUGGUGCCGGAGCGUUCUCUCCUACUCACCAGUACAAUAUGAGUCAGAACCCUGCAUUGCAGUCAGUGCCAGGUUCUCAGUUGCAGCACCGCCAGCAUGGGCAGACCUUCCCAGCUGUCCACCAUGGACAGCAGCAUAGGAGCUAUCCACACUCUGGGCACAGAAUGACCCCACAGUACCCACACUACUCCCCACAGGGUGGAGCGUCCACGGGGUCAUCAGGAAUGUACAGCCCCCCUCCGCAGAGAUAUCUCGACGGGGCUGCUAGCACUGGGUUUGAUCCCAAAGUCAACAGUUCUCCCAGUGUCAACUCCAGUUCAAACUCAGUCUCCAGUUCAGUUGCUGCUAACAAUGUGGGGCCAAUGGAGAAUGUUCAACAGAGUUACCAUGCUUCAAAUUAUCCUGGAUAUUCCCCACAGACGCUUUCUCUUCACAAGCAGGCCACACUACAGCACCGCAACUCACAGCACAAUUUAGGGGUAGGUUAUGACAACUCUCUCAAGAUGCAGCACCAGGGCCCGUCUCCAGGGUCUGUAUAUGCUAAACAUCAUCAAACCUCUAAUCCCAGUAUACCUCAAGCAGCAUCUCAAGAAAUAGCCAAAUCCCCAAUGCAUCCCAAUGCUCAGCAAACCCAAAUCAACCAAAACUUUAGCCCCAUAUCCAACCCCUCUCCAGCUGCCUCAGCAGUGCAUUCCCCCAGCUGCAGUUCCUCUCCUUCCCCUUUGAUGGGUGUCUCAGAGGCACAUGGAAACCCCUCAGGUCAUGGUCCUUCACAUCCUCCUACAUCAAACCCCCGUAGCAGCCAUGGUCAUGGCAGAUUACUGCAGACUAUGCCUCAGUUAAGUCCCACGCCCAACUCAAAUAGCAGCAUCAGUAGUUGUGGUAGCAGUGGCAGUCAUAAAGCUCACAGCAUGAGUUCAGCUGGAGGGAGCAGUCUCCCUCCAACAGGCCGCAACAAAAUGGGUCUAAGCGCAGGGAUCGGAUCCCGAGAGGAAGGCUCCUCUGUUUAUUCAUCGUCUCCACUUGAUAAAAUGCAGGAUGCAGGCCUGAAUAGUCUUAAUGCCUUGAGCUCACAAGUAGCCAAUUUACCAAACACAGUUCAGCACAUGCUCCUCACUGACACAGUGCUUUCACAGAAGAAGAAAGAUGGCGGGCAGAUGCAACAGGCAACACACAGCGUGCCCCCGUCACAGCCAAGGAGUCGAAAUGCAAGCGCAGCCUCAAGUACUAGUACAGUCAAAGAUGGAAGUGCAGUGGGGAGUGGUGACGGCGCCAGCUUAGACGCUGGUGCUGAUGAGGACUCCUCAGUGAUGUCAGUUGGAGGCUCAUCAGGGACCAAGGUGGAGCGCGAGGAACAGUUUUCUGAGGGGGAACACGGGAGGGUGAGACAGAUGAGCGGUGCAAGCAGUGGAUCUGAAACAACUGGCUAUCACCCUCCACCUCCGAGUCAAAACCAACCACAGACUGGACAAGCAUCAAAUAUCAAAACCAUCAGCUCAGAUUCACCGUCAAAAGAACCGAGUGUUUCCGAAGCAAAAGCGAACGAAGCUAACGCUCCUUCGUCAUCAUCUCCAUCCUUUGGAUGUCAGUCAUCAGACACUGGCGCAGUUUCACAUUCAACACCUCCAGUUUCCUCAUCCCCCUCGUCCACCUCCUCCAGUAUUCCUCCUCCCCAGCCGAACUGCGUCUCAGAGGCCGGUUUAACGUACAAUGACAACAGGGGUGGCCACAGGAAGACGGCAGAAAUUAAAAAUGAAGUAAUCAAAAAUGAAAGUGAAGGCGCAGUUGAGAAAACAGAGAAAGGCGGAAGCCAAAUGCAACGAGAUGGAGAAGUCAAUACACAAAAUGGUCAGGACAAAGAAAAUAGGUUGCAAACUGCAUCCAGAUUACACAGUAACCAGAGGGAAGAAAAGCACACAUCUGAGGAACAGCAAAGUGCCAGCAGUGUUGGUGUGAUUGUUUCAGCUCGAUCUGAGGGAGGUCACACUGAAAAAAGCAAGCACCCCCAAGACAACUGUAUUGAAGAGAAACAGUCGCACUCUUACUUAAGAGAUUCCAGCAGUCAUAAUGGGGAGGAAGGAGUAGAUCUGACUUUAUAUUCCUCCCAUCACCAGAAAUCUAACUUUGGACGGCCUCAAAAUCCUCCCCAGUCUGGUCCUCAUAAAUAUGGCUACCCAGAAUCAACAUAUGGCUCAGAUUUGUCAAUAAAGAAGAGAGGGAGGGCUGGCGCUGCGAGUGUAAUGGAAUCAAAUUCCAGAUACUUAGGAUACCAACCAUCACAAGCUGGUUAUGGCCCCGUGCAUCCAAAAGAUGGUGGUUCUGUAGCAGAGGGCUUGGUGAAGAGAGGGCAAGGAGCAGGAGGGAAAGUUCAUGAGGAUAAUUCACAAAUGCAGCAAUUUCCCAGCCUUUUACAAGAGGUUCUUCAAGGUUACAAUUUAGAUAGACGUUAUGGCAGACCAGAGCAGGCAUUUCCUGCCCAUCUCCAAGUUCAACAACAGUUUCAAACUAGACUCCCGUAUGGCAUGGCUGAUAAUAUGAGAAUCCAGAGUGGAGGAACUGAGGCUUCGGCUCUUUCUGCUCAAGUGGGCAGCUCUGGAAAGCCCUCACAUCCAAACCUGAGGCAUGGAGGUGAGCCUGAUUUCACCAUGGAUCCUCAGUCCUCUGUGAAGUCAGAAGUGUCCAAUGCUAAGAGUUUGCAAAACGCUGAAAAACCUGAAGUGGGUGUGUCUCAGAGUCAUGCACCACAAGCUACAGAGUCUCAGCAACCCCCACCCAAACAUAUAAACUUAGCUGACUAUUCUCUGCCACAGAGAAAAGUGUUUUCUAAUGUGUCCACUCCAUCCUCUGCUGUGCAGGAGCUCCUUUUGCAAGAGCCAGAGCCCCUAACAGGCAGCAUUGGUCAAACUGAGUCUCAAAAAUCAUCAGGCUCCAUAUUAGCCCCAUCAGAGCGGCGCUCUGUCAUCUGUGAUGUGUCGCCAAACCGACGCAGCACACCAGAGAGGGACAGGGAAAGUGACAGAGAGAGGGAGCGGGAGAAAAGUCAGAGUGGAGCCUCUGUGAUUCAACAGCCAUUUUCCUCUCCAGCAGCCGCCAACGAUCUGAGUAAAAAGGAUACGGGAGAGAAACAAGUGGUGAAAAUGGAAACGGCAUCAAAAGAGGCUGGCCCAGACGCCGUAAAUUUACAAACUGAUCAUCACGGGAGUGGCGGAGCUAAUGAGGCAGAUAUAGAGUAUCAUCCCAAGUCUGUUCAUUCAUCUGUUGUAAUGAAUGCUGACCCCUACAGGCGAGGUAAUGUAGAUAUUUCCCCCUUGUCUUCUCACCCUAUGAGCUCUAAUCCUCUAUCUUCACCCUCAAGGCAUCCGUCCUAUCUUCAUGGUGUUGAUUUAUCAACUGGCAGCAGCAGCAGCUUUCCUGGAUAUCGAUAUGGAGAUACAAGAGAAGGAAAUAUAAUGCCACGCAGCAACCCGCAUUUCCCCCCCCACCAUCCGUACCACAGCUUAUCCCCCCAGGCUCAAACCUCGAAUAAGCUUCAAAUGUAUCCUCACCCUCGUGGCCUCCCUCAUCACCCGCACGACAUGAGUGACUGGGUAAAAGCGUUGAACAGGCCGUCUAAGGAGAUGAUGAUGCAGCCUGGUUCGUCUCCAGGAAGACAUAAGGUCGGCCAAUCGGAGCAGAGGCAGAGGAUGAUCUCCCAGGCUGACAUGCCCGGUGAACAGCACGCAACCAAACCUUCACUCCAUCAUCAAAGCGCUUACUUCGACAUGAAAAUGUGGGAGUCUGCACACCCUGGAAGAGAAGGCCCGAGAAUGAUAGAGGGAGACUCCUACUACAGGACACAGCCGCCUCCUCCGCCGCCGCCUCCUCCUCCUCCACCUCCUCCUGCUCCAGUGACUUCACUCGGACCCGCUCCUCCGCAAAUGACUCAUGGCCAAAACGCUGCUGAACCCGAGGUGUCCCGAGGAGCCGCAGAAGAAACCAAGCAUCCCGGCCCACCUCCUCCAUCCAGCUCCGCUAAGCCUCCUGCUGACAUGAACUCCACUCUGCCACAGGUGCAGCGUCAGACUAAAGCCGGAGGUUCUGGAGACACUAAUCCACUAAUAUUGAGAAGGAGAGUUCGUUCUUUUAUCUCUCCUAUUCCUGCCAAAAGGCAACUCCAGGAUGCGUCUCAGCAGAGGGCUGCCACAAAUUCACAUCACUCUCCUGGGGCCCAGUCUGAGUCUAGCCAUCACAAUGAAGAUGACUCAUCCAGUUCAGAUAUCCCAUGUCCCAGGCUCUCCUCCCCUCUGCCCGGAGAGAAUACCUAUUCACAACCUUUAUCUCCAUCAAGCGGUAAUGCCAAGGUUUUGCCUCCCAGGAAAGGACGAGGUUUGAAACUAGAGGCAAUAGUGCAGAAAAUCACACCAAAUAUUAAAAAGCCAGCAGGCCAUGGUGAUGAUGAGUCAAAUCAUUACCCAGGCUUCUCUCAUUCAGAAAUACCAACGUUUAAUGAUUCACAGGACCAAGACUUAGCACAUUUCCCGAGGGUUGCAGGAGGGGACGAUAGCUACAUGGAUGAAAGUCACUCAUUAAACGACAUGAUUCCCUUCAGAGGCGUUGAUGAGACUGGGCCUUUACCUCCGUCUGCUUAUCCAUGUGAUCCCCAUCAGACGUCCCAGGCCCUCAAACAACAAGACUUUGACUUUGGAUUAGUGGCCGCCGUGGCAUCGGCAUCCGAUGACAAGGAGGACUUUGCUUUGCUCGGACCUUUACCCCCUCCUCCGCCUCUUCCACGCCCAGUCCAGGGUUCCCCACCUCCAUCCUCAUCUGCCCUGUCAGACAUUCAACAUUUCACCAACACUUACCAGCAGCUUGAGACGAGAAGAGGAGAGCAGUCUGCUGCCACCCUUCUGCGACAGAAACUUCAAGAAUCUGGCAUGGGAUUUGAUGAUUAUCCUGGCAGUGACUACUAUGGAACCACCCCGCCACACCACGGCCAGGCUCAAGGACACAUGCUGAACAGACAUCAGAUGUCCUCUGGGAGGUCCAGUCUGUCACCACAAGAUUCUAAGCCCCCGGAGAGUGUUGUGCCUAAAGGCUAUUUCCCAUCUGGCAAGAAGAAGGGCAGGCCUGUAGGGAGCGUGAAUAAACAAAAACGGGCCCAGAACCAAGCCCAAACACAGGCGCAGGCCCAACCUCAAGUCCAGACACAGAACACAACUCUGAGUGCUCCUCCAGCCCCACCCACUCCAGCUACAGCUACAGCUACAGUUACAGCUACAGCUGCUGCUCCAACUCCCCCCGCAGUGCAGACUACCAGCAGCACCCCCGCCCCUGCAGCACCCCCACUGUCGGACAAUAAAGUCACUCCCCCGCUGGCCCCACCCGUUUUAACCCAGGUAGUGAAAGUGGACGGUGAGAGCGAGGACACACAGCCAGAGACCGAGGUCAAACCUGUGCGACGGAGACGCAAAGGUGUGAAAGAUGAAGAUGAGCCACUGGAAGCAAGGGGGCGACAGAGGAGGAGGAGGAGAGGGGCGGCAGGGGCAGCGGCGGCGGCGGCGGCUGGGGCGGCGACAACAUCGGUGGCCAAAGACGACCCAGAUACACCUUUAGGGGCAGGAGGAAGUCCCGGCGCAAACAAAGUAUUUUUGGAUCCAAAUAGAAAAGGCCUGUUUGUUCCACACAUACAUGUGGAAAAAAAAAUUCCCGAGAUAGGGGCGGUGUGCACCAUCGUAAAUGCUGAGGAGGACAAGAUGAAAGGGGAGCGUGGUGCAGUCGCAGGGAAAGCGGGCGGGAGUGGGAUUGAUUCUCUCCUGACCUCAGCUCUUCCCUCCCAGUUAUCGAGGAGAGACAGAGAGUCGGAGAAGAGGAAGACGGAUGAGGUGGAGACUACACUUCAGUCAGGAAAAGCACUUCCUUCAUCUGGCUAUGUUGUUUCAGGACCUGUGAUUACAGAGACCAAUCACUCUGGCCGCCUGCUUUGCUGCCUGUGUCAGAAAUGGGCAAAUUACAAACACCUCGGAGAUCUCUACGGGCCUUUCUAUCCAGCCGAAUACGCCGCGAAGCUCCCCAAGAACCAGCCCCAGGUCAGACAAUGUCAAGCAACGGCAACAGGAACAAACAAAACAGGACCAAAUUCAGACAUAAGCUCAAACGCUCUGAGCACAGUCCAAGACUCACAGACACAAGACGCUCAGUUUAUCAAGCCUUCGACCGAGAGCGACUUCACCGUCAGCUUCGACUCAAACCCCACAUCUCUUAACACUCCAGUGAGACCCGCCUCCCCAGCUGCUGGAGAGGAUAUGAUGAUGAUGCAUGUGGCUGGCAAGCUGAGUAACACCGCCUCCUCUUCCUCCAGCAAAUCAACAUCUCUAACCUGGGAUAUGAAUCUAGAUAUCCGACCUAUCCCUGAGCUUAAGCGAGAGCCAGACCUCGAGGUCGACCAGCAGCAGCAGCAGCAGCAGCAGCAGCAGCAGCAGCAACAGCAGCAGCAACAGCAGCAGCAACAACAGCAGCAGCAGCAGCAGGUGCAAAAACAGCUGCAGCCGCCAACGGACGAAGCUCAACAACGACCUCAGCACAGAAAGCUGACCUCACAUCCCCGCUUUAAGAGGAGGCACAAAUCCAGUGAGGAUUCCCCCAGAAUGGUGCCUUCCAACAGUAAGGCGUCCCUGCCCUUCCAGCCCCCACCGCCGGCCUUGGACUCCCUGGGACCUUUGGCACAACUUGCCCAGCUGCCCCAGAUGCCCAUGGACCCGGAGGAGCUGUGGGUCCACGAGGGUUGCAUAGUGUGGACCAGUGGAGUGUACCUUGUCAAUGGGAGGCUGUACGGCCUGCAGGAGGCACUAGAUGGCGCCAGAGAAACAAGCUGCUCGUACUGUGAGAUGGUCGGCUCAACGCUGGGCUGCUACAGUAAAGGCUGUACACUUCGCUAUCACUACCUGUGCGCUAUCGAAGCAGAUUGCUCUCUGAAUGAAGAUAACUUCUCGCUGCGGUGUCCGAAGCACAAGGUAAAGAAAGAGAGUUUACCCAGAGCAUCCGGCCAGCCAAGUCAGUGUACCUGGAGCAGUCAGAGAGAGGCUGAGAGAAACGGAGAGGAAGAAGAGACACAGGAGUCUGGGAGCUGUUAGUUUGGACAAUAGAAGACUGGGAAACCUGUUUGUGAAGCAGCCCCAAAUGUGAAAGGACAGGACUGGCAUCUGUGACAGAGAACAACAAAAGGGAAUGUACAAUUUCUCUACAGGAAUCAGCAUUAUUUACAUUUAAGACAAUGGGGAAAAGAAAACCUUUUUUUUUUUCCUCGAGAGAAUUAUUGCUCUUUACUUAAAAGCAGAAAAAGAAAGAAAAAAAAAAAAAACAUGGACAUGCAACAUAGAGGAACAGAGCUACAAGAAAAAGACAAAAAAAAGACAAAAAAAAAAACAAA